AUGUUGCAAAAUAUAAUUGAAUUAGCAUCUAGUUUUAUUGUUAAUGUUACUGUUGUAUCCAAAGGAAAUGUGUGUUCAACAUAUAUGGGAGCAAAUAUAUUUACUAAGAAAGCUCAGGAAUUGAAGUUUAAAGGACUUUUAAGACCUAGUUCAAUAAGGUUUAAAAAAUACAAUUUUUAUAUUUAUUUGACUGUUACAAUUAUUGUAGAAACUGUGUUUAAAAAUUAUAUUAAUUCUAGAACUUCAAAUUGUAAAAUAUUUAUUGCUCUCUUUUUUUUACAUUAA